GUAAGGACUUUAUCUGCGCUUGCGUGAGGUGAGAGGCUUAUAGGUUAUUGCGCGUUUCAGUUCCGCCGUUCUGGUUGCUGGUGCUGCCGCUUCGCGUGGAAGUCUGAGUUUGCGUUGCCAAAGGCGAAAAAGGGGACAGAACCAAGCGGCGAUGACGAAGUCCAGCGGCGACAAGUCUGAGAAAGAACCGUGGCGGGGUUCCUAUUACAAGCUCGAGGAAGUCCAGAAACACAAUCAUAGCCAGAGUACUUGGAUUAUUAUAAACCGUCGUAUAUACGAUCUCACAAAGUUUUUAGAAGAACAUCCUGGUGGAGAAGAAGUCCUAAGGGAACAAGCAGGUGGAGAUGCAACAGAAAGUUUUGAAGAUGUUGGACAUUCUACAGAUGCCCGGGCAUUGUCAGAAACGUUUAUUAUAGGGGAGCUUCAUCCAGAUGAUUGGGAAAAAGUUGAAAAACCAACGGACCCUUAUAUUACCACUGUUGAAUCUAAUGCCAGUUCAUGGACCAACUGGGUGAUUCCAGCAAUAGCAGCUAUCAUUGUGGCUCUUAUGUAUCGCUUCUACAUGUCGGAGUAAACCCAGUAUUAAGAAGUAAUAAUGGGACACUCUGUUUUGGGAAAGAAAAUGAAAUAUAUACCUAGGGGCGGCGCAUCAGGACAGCAUCUUAAAACCAACUUUAAAGAAGUGCAUUCCUCUUUUUAUCAGAAAUUCAGAAUUAGAUUGUUUUAAUACCAUCCUACAUAAUGCUUCCUUUUUCUAUUUUGUUUUCAAAUGCUAAUAUUUUUUCUUUUAUAUCUUCAUGUCUAUCAUUUAAUCGCAUGAUGCUACAAUGCUGCUCUUAAAAUUAAGAACACUCACAUAGUCUCCAGUUUCUUCCUAUUUAAAAUUUGUCUGAUUCUGUUUAAUGAAUUAUUUAGGCUUCUUUUACAAAAAUAAGUAGAUGGAGGUUUGUGUCUGUACCAAACUUUUCCAUCUUUGCCAUUGCUUAUAUUCUAUUUUCUUUAUUGUAUAGCUGUAUCAUUUUUAAAGAGUUUUCAGUAUGGAAAUGAUAAACACUCAAAAUAAUUUCAAUUUUGUUAAUAAGAAUAUUGCUGUGGAUCCAAAUAUUUCAUUGUGUAAAAUAAAAUACUAAUUAUCCUUAAAUGAUUUGAGAUAGGGAGGAUUUAUAAUGGGCAAAAAAUUGUCAGUGGUCUUCAUUGUUUAUAUAAGAUCUAUUGAACGUCGUAAGAAAAAAAGGAAAUAAUGGCAGAUAGAGGUUAAUAUAUAUGUUAAACAGUAGGUCAUAGGGAGGAUUAAUUGAGAGCAAAUCUAGAUCUAAAUAACUUCAUCUUAAAAUGUUUAUGUAUUGUGUUGUAUGGUUCUUGGCUGUAUUAUGGAUCAUUGAUUUAUUAAAUUGUUGUACAGGUAUGAAACAGCAGAAUAUAAAACCUCAUGCAAGAAAUAAAAAAUUUCUUGUGUCUGUAUACAAAGAAAAAAAAA